GCAGUAUUUUCUCCGCAGCGCAAAACGGUCAUACCGACGGGUCAAAUUCGAGAUACGUCAAAAUAACACAUUUCGUCGGAAAUUCUGGAUAUAUAAGUGGAAUAUUUAGAUGACCCGGAGCCAUGUCCGCUACACAACGUCAGAAGCAGUUCGACCUGAACCGCGCGCGGGCCAGGGGCCAAGCGCCGAAUACGGCCAGCGGUAGUGCCAGCUCCAAUAACAACAAUAACAACAGUGGCGGUUCGAAAAAUGCGGUUUCCCCGCGACAGCGCAAACUUCAAACAUCGAUGGAGAGUUUGCAGGUGCAGCAGCCGAACGUGAGUCGUCGUGCAGCUGGCUCCAACUGGAUGGCUGUGGCCGCGUCGACUCCUGCAACCGCUCCGGGAAGCGAGAACCAGUCCACGGAGAAGACAUCUCCCGCGCUGACGAAGUCUGCACGCACGCGCAUCAGAAAGAAGGCGCAGCGCAACUGCUAUUUGGCCAUGGACUGUGAAAUGGUCGGUGUGGGCCACAAUGGGAAUGACGACAUGCUGGCCAGAGUGUCCAUCGUGAACCGAGUGGGCGAGGUGUUGCUGGACAAGCAUGUGAAGCCUCGCCUGGAGGUCACUGACUACCGUACCAGCGUGUCUGGCAUUCGCCCGCAUGACAUUGCCAAUGGCGAGGACUUCGAUGUCGUGCAGGAUGAGGUGGUAAAGCUGCUGCACGGCCGGAUUCUGGUCGGGCAUGCCCUGCGCAACGAUCUUGCCGUGCUCAACAUUCGGCAUCCAUUUGAACACAUCCGAGACACUUCGCGCUACAAGCCGCUAUGCAAGCUUGUCUCCAAUGGCCAUACCCCCAGUCUGAAGCGCCUGACAUUAGCAGUUUUGGGACAAGAGAUUCAGACAGGCGAGCACAACUCAGUGGAGGACGCACGGGCCGCCAUGGGUAUAUACAAUCGAAUCGCAACCGACUGGGAAAAGUAUCUGGAGAGGAAGCAGCACCAGCAGCAGCACUUCUAGCUCCCCAGCUCUCUCAAGGGAGAUAAACGCUAGCCUUAAGUUUAUUAAUGUAUACACGAGUUUCAUGUAUUGGGAACUGUUGCUUAAAUGUAUAAAACGUUACAAUCAA